GGACUAUCCACAGACUGAGUGCCAGGCAGCCAUGGGCCAGGAUUAUUAUGCUAUACUCCAAGUCACUCACAAUUCAGAGGAUUCCCAGAUCAAGAAGGCGUACCGGAAACUUGCCCUUAAGAACCACCCACUGAAGUCCAAUGAGCCAGGCUCAGCAGAGAUAUUCAAGCAAAUAGCAGAGGCCUACGAUGUGCUGAGUGACCCUGUGAAGAGAGCCAUCUAUGACAAGUUUGGAGAAGAGGGUCUGAAGGGCGGGAUUCCUCAGGAGUUUGGGUCCCAGAUCCCAUGGACCCAUGGUUAUGUCUUCCACGGCAAUCCUGAAAAGGUUUUCCAUGAGUUCUUCGGAGGAGACAACCCCUUUGGUGAGUUUUUUGAUGCAGAAGGAUAUGAGGUGGAUUUGAACUUUGGGGGGCUCCGGGGCCGAGGGGUCAGGAAACAGGACCUUCCAAUUGAAAGAGACCUCUACCUAUCCCUGGAGGACUUAUUUUUCGGCUGCACCAAGAAAAUAAAGAUCUCCCGCAGGGUGCUGAACGAGGACGGGUACUCCUCUACCAUCAAGGACAAGAUCCUCACAAUUGAUGUGAAGCCUGGUUGGAGGCAGGGCACACGGAUCACCUUUGAGAAGGAAGGUGACCAGGGCCCCAACAUCAUCCCAGCUGACAUCAUCUUCAUCGUAAAGGAGAAGCUACACCCUCGCUUCCGCAGGGAGAAUGACAACCUUUUUUUCGUGUACCCCAUCCCCUUGGGCAAGGCUCUGACCUGCUGCACUGUGGAGGUGAAGACCCUAGAUGACCGUCUGCUCAACAUCCCCAUCAAUGACAUCAUCCAUCCUAAGUACUACAAGAAGGUGCCAGGUGAGGGUAUGCCGUUGCCUGAGGACCCCACCAAGAAGGGGGACCUAUACAUCUUCUUCGACAUCCAGUUCCCCACCCGCCUAACACCCCAAAAGAAGCAGAUGCUGCGCCAGGCACUGCUGACAUAACUGGUGGGCUGGGGGCCAGAGCGGGGUCAGAGAAGGCUUGCUGGGCCUUCCCCAUGCCUACCUCCCAGAGCCUCAGGGGAGCCACCCCACUGCACAGAUGUGACAUGAUGAGGGGAUGGCAUGGGACUUUUAAACUGACACAAUAAAGAUUUAUUUCCUAUC